GUCAAUGGACGAGACGCUGAUGACGCUAAUGGGGGGGUAGAGUAGAAAAUAUAUAUUUGACAGGGGUUUGACUGACGGGAAAUAAGGGGGCAGUAGUAGGCGAGAAAGACCUGCGUAUGAAUCGAAAUUGAAGUUACUUUUUGUAUGUCGGUCACAUUUUUUUUUGUGACUGGUGCCGCGAGUUGAAUCGUAUGUGAUGAUUAAUUCGGAAAGACACAGCAACAGGGCAUAGAACUACAGGAUGUCGCGGACAGUUUCAGGUUUUUUUGGAUGGGGAAGCACGACUAGAACAGUAAAACGCAACGCGGAAAAUAUUUAAAAGGGAGAAUGCGAAUGGUUAGAAGAGAUAGAAUUCAAACAAAAUGGAAACAAUGUAGCAUCGCUGCGGCAUUCCAUAUAGCUAUAAGCACUACUAGAGUAGAAAAUAGAGAGCUAGUUAACAAAUAUAAAUGUAACGUUACUUAUUAUUUAUCAGAAAAGCUCAAACAGAGUCUGUAGUAAACUGGUUGAAAUAAAAAAUAGUUCGUUGGUGUCCCCAGCUACCAAAGAAGAAAAAACUCAAAUAUGCUACGGAGAAGACUGAACCGUUUGUUCGGUAGGGACGAGAGGAGGGUAGACAGCAGGACCAUCUACGUAGGCCACCGGCCCUGUCCCGCCACCGACGCUUUCAUCCCCCCCAAGUUCUGUGACAACAGGAUUGUCUCUUCCAAGUACACGGUGUGGAACUUCCUGCCAAAGAAUCUGUUUGAACAGUUCAGAAGAAUCGCCAAUUUCUACUUCCUCAUCAUCUUCUUGGUGCAGGUCAUUGUAGACACCCCCACCAGCCCAGUCACUAGUGGCCUGCCAUUGUUCUUCGUCAUCACAGUAACAGCCAUUAAACAGGGCUAUGAGGACUGGCUGCGGCACAAGGCAGACAAUGAGGUGAAUAAGUACCUGGUGACGGUGCUGGAGGACGGCCGGAGAACACGCAAGGAGAGCGAGAAGAUCAAGGUCGGGGAUGUGGUGGAGGUGGUGGAGGAUGAGACCUUCCCCUGUGACCUCAUCCUGCUGCAGUCCAGCCGGGAGGACGAGACCUGCUUUGUCACCACGGCCAGUCUGGACGGGGAGUCCAACCAUAAGACACACUACACAGUGCCAGACACAGAGAAGGGCCUGGAGUCUCUCAGUGCCACCGUGGAGUGCGAGCAGCCGCAGCCUGACCUCUACAAGUUUGUGGGGCGUAUGCACAUCUACAAGAAUGACCAGGAGCCUGCUGUGAGGUCUUUGGGUCCAGAGAAUCUCCUCCUGAAAGGCGCUACCUUGAAGAAUACUCAGAAGAUUUAUGGAGUGGCAGUGUACUCUGGCAUGGAAACCAAAAUGGCUCUGAACUACCAGGGGAAGUCCCAGAAGCGAUCUGUGGUGGAGAAAUCUAUCAAUGCCUUCCUGCUGGUGUACCUGUGUAUCCUGGUGAGCAAGGCCCUGGUGUGCACCACGCUCAAGUACGUGUGGCAGAGUCAACCAGGCCAGGAAGAGCCCUGGUACAACCAGAAGACGCAGAAGGAGAAAGAUGCCAACCUGUACCUGAAUAUGUUUACUGACUUCCUGUCGUUCAUGGUGCUGUUCAACUUCAUCAUCCCCGUGUCCAUGUACGUGACGGUGGAGAUGCAGAAGUUCCUGGGCUCCUUCUUCAUCUCCUGGGACAAGGACUUCUUCGACCCCGAGAUCCAGGAAGGGGCUCUGGUCAACACCUCUGACCUCAACGAGGAGCUAGGACAGGUGGAGUAUGUGUUCACGGACAAGACGGGCACUCUGACCCAGAACAGCAUGGAGUUCAUCGAGUGCUGCAUUGACGGCUUCCAGUACAAGAACCGUGACUCGAGCACCGAGCUGGACGGCUUCUGUGUCACAGAUGGACCCGUGAGCAUGCUGCAGCAGAAGGCUGGCAGGGAGGAGGAGGAGCUGUUCCUGCGGGCUCUGUGUCUGUGCCACACGGUGCAGGUCAAGGAGUCUACGGGUCAGGAGGACGGGGUUGGGGACCAGGUGGACGGUGUCCUGGGGCUGGACGGAGAGAUGGUCCACCCUGCAGAGCUCAGGGGCUUCAUCGCCUCCUCACCCGACGAGGUGGCACUGGUCAAGGGAGCCAUGAAGUAUGGUUUCACAUUCCUAGGUAUGGAGAGCAAGAACAUGAGAGUGAUGAACAGAGACAAAGAUGUUGAAACGUACGAGCUGCUUCAUGUGUUGAACUUUGACCCCGUGAGAAGGCGUAUGAGCGUAAUAGUCCGAUCCAAUUGUGGGGACAUCAUGCUGUUCUGUAAGGGGGCCGACUCCUCCAUCUUCCCCCGUGUCAGGCAGGAGGAGGUGGACAGGAUAAGCAUGCACGUGGAGCGCAAUGCUACGGAAGGCUACCGGACGUUGUGUGUGGCCUACAAGCUGCUGAGUUCUGAAGAGUACGCCCAGGCAGACGCAGGGCUGAGGGAAGCCAGGCUGGCCCUGGAUGACCGAGAGGAGAAACUCAUGGCUGUCUACAACCAGGUGGAGACUGGGAUGAGCCUGAUCGGAGCUACCGCCGUGGAGGACAGGUUGCAGGAGGAGGCAGCGGAGACUAUGGAGGCCCUGCAGCGGGCUGGCAUGAAGGUGUGGGUUCUUACGGGGGACAAGAUGGAGACGGCCAAGUCCACGUGCUACGCCUGUCGGCUAUUCCAGAGGGGCACAGAGCUGCUGGAACUGACGGUGCGAACCCUGGAGGACGGCGGAAGGAGGAGAGAAGAGCGCCUGCAUGAGGUGCUGUUAGACUACCACAAGAGGGCAGUGCAGGACCCUCCACCGGUUAAGACUAGGGUCACCAGGAGCUGGACUUCAGCUAAGCAGGACUACGGCUUCAUCAUAGACGGAGCCACUCUGUCCUUAGUGUUCAACUCCUCUCCUGACUCCAGCCACUACAAGAGUCUCUUCCUCCAGAUCUGUCAGAACUGUACCACUGUUCUGUGCUGCCGUAUGGCUCCCCUACAGAAGGCCCAGAUCGUGAACAUGGUGAAGAACUCCAAAGGCAGCCCCAUCACCCUCUCCAUCGGAGAUGGCGCCAACGAUGUCAGUAUGAUUCUGGAGGCACACAUUGGCAUCGGUAUAAAAGGUAAAGAGGGUCGCCAGGCAGUGAGGAACAGUGACUAUGCCAUCCCUAAACUCAAGCACCUGAAGAAACUGUUACUGGGACACGGGCACCUCUACUACGUUCGGAUCGCCCACCUGGUGCAAUACUUCUUCUACAAGAACCUCUGCUUCAUCUUACCUCAGUUCUUGUACCAGUUUUUCUGUGGAUCUUCCCAGCAACCCCUCUACGACGCAGCCUAUCUGACGAUGUACAACAUCUGUUUCACCUCCAUGCCUAUCCUGGCCUACAGCCUCUUGGAGCAGCACAUCUGUAUGGAGGUCCUGAUGAGCAACGCUACCCUCUACAGGGACGUAGCAAAGAACGCCAUGUUGCGUUGGAGCCCCUUCCUGUACUGGACCCUACUUGGGGUCUACCAGGGCCUCCUGUUCUUCUUUGGGGUCCGCUUUCUCUUUAGUAACCCAGCCCUGCAGGACAAUGGCCAGGUGUUUGGGAAUUGGUCGUACGGAACAAUUGUUUUUACUGUCCUCGUCUUCACCGUCACGCUAAAGCUGGCUAUGGACACGCGCCAUUGGACGUGGAUCAAUCACUUUGUCAUCUGGGGCUCGCUGGCCUUCUACAUGGUCUUCAGCUUCUUCUGGGGUGGGAUCAUAUGGCCUUUCCUUCGGCAGCAGCGUCUCUACUUUGUGUUUGCUAACAUGCUGCGCUCUGUGUCGGCCUGGCUGGUCAUCAUCCUCCUCAUCCUGCUCAGCCUGCUGCCUGAGAUCCUGCUGCUGGUCCUCCGCAAGCCGCGCUGGCCCCACUCUCGACAGAAGAAGCCGUUGGUUCAGUCGGGCGAGGGGGAGACCCAGUCUUCAGCCAGGCCCCUGCUAAUGCGAACCUUUUCAGACGAGUCCAAUACUAUCCUAUGAACAGGUACCAGCCCCAACUCUGCGGCCUAGCCUUCAGAGGACGGACUCCUACAGACAUCCAGGUAAAACAAGGGGCUAAUCUCGCAUGUCUAACCCCUCGGUUAUUGCUCAUGGUCAUGGGUGUCUUGGGUUCCCCUCACUUCACCAGAAUCCUGGUUGAUGAUCACGUUCAAUCGGAGCAAACGACAUUUAAUGAUAGAUUCCAGCUGAUCUCUGUUUUCAGGGGAGGUGUGUCCAAUCAAUGUUGUCUGGGGGUAUGUUGUCAACAAUUCUACCCGGGGGGGGGCAUCCUAUCCUUUUCUUUUAAUGCUGUCGGUGUCAUGGUGUGGCUGGGUCUUGCCACCAUCCAGUGGUUGGCAAUUGGCAGGAGCAGGUUUCUGUUUAUAGAGGUGGACUGACUUCUGUGUGUGUGUUUUGUAUGUCCUCUCCAGAUCGCUGCCGUCACGCCCUUGUCCUACAAGCACCUGAAGGAGCGGGAGUAAAGGGCACAAAGGAGGAUCAACUACCCUGCGGACAGCGUCUUUCAGGAGGCCAUGGCACUCUGGCUGCCUGAACUUUUGCCUGAUCUAAAAAGAAAAUGGGAAAAGGACUCAAAGAAAACAACGUAAUAGAAAUGAUAAAAGACCCAGGGAUGACUCCAGCAGUGUUUUGAGUACCUCUGUUCCCCUGCUCCCUCCGUCCUUCCUCUUCCUGUUUCCCUCUGUAGUGCUGAUUGCUGCACCACUGGCCCAUGCAGCACAGGCCAUUUUUACCACGUUUUAACUGGACUGUGAGUUUCCAGAGUUUUUUUUUUUUCCCUAAGAAUACUACGAUUGCGGGCGGGGGGGGGGAAUGCGUACAUGGCUGCCCUGUCAGAAGUACUUCUACGGUCGGCUGUGCUCUAACAUGCAGCCACACCACUGUCCCAGAAUGAUUCAUCUGCAUGAAACUAAGUAGGCCUCAUGAAUGCCACAUUCCACUUGUUAUUUAUAUUUUUCUGCAAGGUUUGUAUUUUAUUUUUUUAAGCAAAUCUCACUCACUUUCUGAAACAAAAAUUCCACUGCGCCAGAUCCAAAUCAUCGUUUAUAAGUUGCAUGAUUCCAAUCCAGUCAAGUCCAACGCAAAGAGAGCAUAUUCACUCAGUGCAGACUGCACUGAACACAGGUUACUGGAGAUCUUCAAAAUGUCCUUGAAUACUGUGUUUAGAGCACAACCCCCUGCUGGGUUAAGUCUCUAUUUUCCCAUCUCCCCAAAGAGUGUGGUGAAUCAAAAUGACUGGUAAUGAGUUGUGCUUGCCAACAUUUCUACCUGGUUCGGUGUUUGUAGCAUGACUUGAAUCUUCCCACCUUAAGGCCGGUGAUCGUUUAAGAAAAUUCCAAAUGUAUUGAAAAUUAAUAUAUGUGCUGUAUAUCGCUUAACCUGUUUGAAUAUCUAAAGCUUGAUGCCAAAAAUGUGUCUGAGCUGGGGAGAUGCAAGUCAUGCCCAGCGCCAUCCAAAUGAUUGCAAACUAUGUUGCUGAGAGUGUUUGUGUGUGUGUGUGUGCCCAGCAGCACAAUUGUACUGGAUGGGAAUCAUGGCCUCAAAGCAACCUGUGUGUGUUACAUUGAGACACGUUUAACCAGAAUACCUGGAUCUACCUUGUACAUUUAGCAUGUGGUUGUCAUGACCUGUCCUCUAAAGGACUUCAGGAGUUCUGUGGAACACACACACACACAUGCACUAAAAGCCUAAAAUUAGUGACACAUGUCCCAUUACCAGUUAGUGUUGUUUGUCAAAGGUGGGCUGAUGUUGGUGGGUAAAGAUCCCAACUUCAGACUUUCUCUUUCUUGUCACCAUAGGUAAUGCCACUGAGGCUUUCUACCCACCUGCUACCAUAGAUGUUCCUGAAUCUCCAUUUACGAUGUCUGAGAUGGGUUUCUUACAGAAAGAUGGUUCUGACUUCUAGCGUUUAGUGCUUCAGACAUUCCAUUUCUACAUGCCAUGAUUUUCAUCACUUUUAGACACUAUGGGAAGAUGUUUUGGAACAUGUGCAAUAUUUAUUGUUCCGUGCAAUUUUUACUCACAAAUUGUAUAUUUUUAUUACGUGAAUCUUUUUGUUGUUGUAGCGAAUGAUCAGCUUUGUGCUUCUUCAGUAUGCCUGUGUUACUUCAGACCAGAUGUGUGCCCAGUGCUAACCCAUAUCAUCUGUAUCUCACACACACACACACACCCUGCAGGUAUAUCCUACCUUACACCUCUACUAUAUCCUCUCCCUCCACCGGUCUGGUCGCAGGUCAGAUCACAGAGCACCGGUUAGAUCAGUUCAGUUAUAUCCAGGCUAGGAAUGGAGCUUCUUCUAUGUCUGCCACAGAGGGAUAUGCCUGGGAGUAGGUGCCCUGUUGGCACCUCUUUAGUCUCUUACAAAAUGCCAUAAUAGGUCAUGUACAGCCCUCAUGUAGCUAUUGCAGUAUCUCCUCAUAUGAUGAUUAGCAUCACUGAUGGUUGUAGUUCCUAAGCUGAGUAUCCUUAGUCCAGAUGGGCUCCAUUCCAGCUCCUUAGUGGUUGGAGAUACUGUAAUAGCUACAUGAGGGCUGUACAUGACCUGUGACAUACUGAGCAUGUGGCAGAAUUCAAGACAUGGCUCCCAUGCCAAAUGUGAUUUACCGUACUUCCAUCAACUUCAUCUUAUUUUAUUUUGACCUUUUAUUUAACUAGGCAAGUCGGUUAAGAACAAAUUCUUAUUUUCAAUGACAGCUUAGGAACAGUGGGCUACCUGCCUGUAUCACAACACUGUACCAUCUUGUGGAGGAGAAAAUGCUAUAUUUACCUUGACUUCAAGGGUCUAGAGUUUCCAGAGGGUUGUAAUACGGGGAACUCUUUGUAACGUUUCCUUUUGAAACACUAAAGCUAUGAGGAGUAUGGACUGUGCUCAGACUAACGAAGAUGCCGUUGAACUUUCACCUACCUGGGCUCUGUGUCCUAGGUCAACGGGUAGGUGGAGAACUUUCUGUAUGUUUUAAAAAACAAAAACAAACCUUUAACAUUACAUCAGAGAUGCUAUUUUAAAAUGCUUUUUAAAAAGUAUUGGAUACUCAUGUUUUGCCUGACAGAAUAUGUAAAAAAAAAAUUUGAUUGUAUUUUAAAUGCAACCUUUUUUCCAGCCACUUUUUUUUGUAAGAAUAAUCAAAACGUCAACAAAAAAAAAGCACGAGAGGCGAAUGUGGAGAAUGACCCUGUCCGCAGGUGACUGCUGUGGUGGGGUGCCUUAGGUUCAGACGGGCACAAAAUGGGCACUUCACAUCUGGCCCCUCAGUCUCCAGCCUCGGCACUCUGAACCUCCGAUCUGAAUGUACCACUUUAAGACCAGUAUGUUCAACAGUUUUUCUGCAAUAAAACACUGUUUUGAAAACUU